AUGACGGGGUCAACGCACCUCGACGUAAACUACCGGAUUGAGGAAGCGCCAACACCAAAACCCCUCUUUUCUUGCAGCUUCAAACUGCUUACUACCGUGUACAGAGGUACCUCAUCAAAAUCUGCUCAUAGACUUACGCAGCUAAGUAGCCCUCAAGUAGGUAAGCAACGUCAACUUGCAUUCGCUGCUGACUGCUCCGCCAUCCAGCCGAUGCACCUGGGUCUCACGCUUCACACGGAGUCGCACAAAACCACCAAUCCCUGGAAGUAUAGAAACCACGCACGCUGUGUAGUUCACGAUCUCGAACCGCUCAGAUGCGAGCUUACCAAGCUUAUGAUGCCCCACCCGGCCCCCGAACUGUUGCGGACGCGCCCGGUCUAUCAAGACAAGUGGGCCUGCCGCGCGCUUGGUAUAUAUCAUUUUAGGCAUGCCAUUUGUCAGAUUACGGAGGGAUAA